AUGGCAACUGCUCAUGCACGGGAUGAUGGGAAAGAAGAACAAGAUGAUUUAAUACUGACACCGGAUGGAACAAGAGAGUUUUUGACCUUUGAAAUUCCUCUCAAUGACUCGGGCUCAGCGGGGUUAGGGGUCAGCGUCAAGGGCAACAGAUCUAAAGAGAGCCACGCUGACCUGGGAAUAUUCGUCAAGUCUAUAAUCACUGGAGGAGCCGCCUGCAAGGAUGGGCGGCUGAGGGUAAAUGACCAGCUGAUAGCAGUUAAUGGAGAGUCUCUACUGGAAAAAACGAAUCAGGAAGCGAUGGAGACCCUUCGCAAGUCCAUGUCCAUCGAAGGAAACAAGAGAGGCAUGAUUCAGCUGAUAGUAGCCCGACGGAUCGCAGGGAGAGGAGAGGAGGCUCCGGGUAGCCCGUCUGUGCCUCUGAACUCUCCACAAGACGAAAAUGAGCGACGGAUCUCUCAGUCUCUGUAUCCCGGAGAGAGCCUGAAUGACAACCACACCCCCCGACCCACCAUGAUGGGUAGAAUGAUGGGCAACUACCAGCUGUCCCCCACUGUGAAUAUGCCACAGGAUGACACAGUCAUCAUUGAAGAUGAUAGGCCACCUGUUCUUCCUGCCCGCUUGUCUGACCAAUCAUCAUCUAGCUCCCACGAAGACAUGGGAUUUGUGACAGAAAUGCCAGAAUCCUGGCCCAAAGAUGUCCAGAUACAGGAUGAAAGUACGCUCAGUCCAGACGCAGAUGUGGAUGCCAUGUUUCAGAGGGAAGGCUUUGGCCGGCAGAGCAUGUCAGAAAAGCGGACCAAACAGUAUGGUGAUGCUGCUCAGCUGGAGAUUAUCAAGAGUCGCAAGUCGAAGAGUAUGGACCUAGUAGCCGACGAGUUUAACCUCACUCCCCGAAAAGAGAGGACAGAAGGCAACUCCACGCGAGAUGUGGGACCAUCGUUGGGUUUGAAGAAGUCUAGUUCCUUGGAGAGCCUCCAGACAGCUGUUGCCGAGGUGACGCUCAACGGAGACGUCCCGUUCCACAGGCCUCGCCCCAGAAUCAUCAGGGGAAGGGGCUGCAAUGAGAGCUUCCGGGCGGCCAUCGACAAAUCAUACGACAAGCCAGGUGUGACUGUAGUCAGCCCCGAUGAAGAUGACGAGGGUAUGGAGACAUUGGAAGAAGAUACAGAGGAAAGCUCACGGUCUGGCCGUGACUCUAUUUCCACGGCCACAGACCUCACCCUCCCACCCUCCAACACAGAGAAACAGAUGAAUGGAGGACGCACCAAAGAUGACAAGAAAAAGGAGAAUGGAGGGAAGGACAAGAAAGACAAGAACAAAGCUAAGAAGGGCGUGCUGAAGGGCCUGGGCGACAUGUUCAGGUUUGGCAAAAACCGCAAAGACGAGAGGCAAGGAGACAAGAUGGAGCGGAAGGGGUCAAGCAAGAGCAAGAUGGAGGAAACUCAGGCCACUGAAGAGGAGAUGCAGAGAAUGAGGCUGGAACAGGAGAGAAUUCAAGCUAAGACCAGGGAGCUCAGAGAGCGACAGGCCAGAGAACGAGACUACGCUGAGAUCCAGGACAUCAACCGAACCUUCAGUUCCGACGAGGAGCACACCUACGCGGGGAUCGGCUCUCUGGACUCGUCCCUGGACAGCAGUAUGGAUCUAAGCCAUAACUCUGGUCAAGAGCGUCCGCAGAGCCCCCGGGACCAGUCCCUGCCCUUAGAGGCUCUCUACGCACAGGUCAACAAGCCCCGCAAUGGACGCCCACCCUCUGCAGACAGCAACAGACUGGCGCCUAGCAACCAUGACCGGAUACAUCGGUUACGGCAAGAGUUCCAGCAGGCCAAGCAGGAGGAGGAACCUGACGACCGCCGCCGUUCCUACAGCUUUCAACAGCAACAGUGGGCCAACACGGGUUCUUAUACACCGACGGGACGGCACUCGGUUUCUGUAGAGGUGCAAGUGCAGAAACAGAGAGAGGACAGAGACUCUUUCACUCAAGCCCAGAGGCAAUACAACUCCUUACCGCGACAACCACGCAAAAACCCUAGCACCGUGUCUCAAGACUCUUGGGAUAAAGUCUAUCCUCCUGGCGAGGUCUUUCAGACCGCCAAAGAGAACCCACGCUACUCCAGCUACCAGGGAUCGCGCACUGCCAACGGUUAUCUGGGCGCCGCCACCACGGGCCUGAAUGCUCGUGUACUCCUGGAGACCCAAGAGCUCCUGAGACAGGAACAGAGACGAAAGGAGCAGGAGGCUAAAACCAAGCUACCUACGAUGGAGGAGACACCAACCCCAAGCCAAAUCCCUGUUCCUACACCACCCAAAGGUCCCUACCGACAAGAUGUGCCACCAUCGCCGACCCAACUCGCCCAGCUCAACCGUCUACAGACCCCUGAGAAGGGCCGUCCCUUCUACUCUUGAGACGAGAAAUCAAAACUGUAGGAAAAACUGUAUUACAGCAAUAAUAUUGAAUGGAAAGAGACAGAGCUAUAAAAUGAGGAGACUGAAUGGUCUGAAAUGGUUGGAGAAAUGGAGAAAUAGUUUUUCUGAGGGUUGCCAAUUUUUUUUUUACUCUAGUAUGUACACACUGAAAAUCUUUGUGGAAUAUCUAUCUCCCAUCCCUGCUUUUGACAGAUGCGUAUGUGUUUGUUCUGAAUUCAUUGAUGUUACGGCACUAGGUUCUCUUGUCAAUCACAUGACAGUCGCCCGAGGCUUUGAUACAUGGCUGUUUCCACCAUAUUGUGACCUACAUAUCAUGUUUUUGUCAAGUGUGCUGAGAACUUGUAGGUGGGUGAAUUUCACUACGCCUGUCAGGAACAUGUCUGGGUCAUAUUGCACCACAGAAUCAAAGACAAAUAUAUGCAAUGUUUAGCUUAAAAAAAUUAAGCCUGCUUCUAGCACUAAAAAAAGAUUUUUUUUUUUUUUUCACAGUUUAUAUUUAAAAAAAAAAAAAAUAGAAUAACAAUUUGUCCCUACAACAUAUUAAUUUGUGACUUUUUAAUAAUUUGUUCCCUUGUUUUAGUUAAAUUGUGGACACAUUUUCUUGGUUAAAUUGUGAAAAAAAAGAGGGAACAAAUUAAUAAACUGUAGCAACAAAUUCUUGUUUUUUCCCCCCUGAAUGUCAUGUGCGGGGCGCCAUAUCAUGAAAAAUAAUUUUCCUAAAAAAAUUACAUUACCAUAAUUCAGAAUUUAAUUUUCAUUAGACUAUCAUUAAGGCAAUAUAAGAAUUUUUACUCAAUUAUAAUAAAAAAAAAAUAUUUUUUAUUAAAACUGCAUAAAUUCAGUACAACAAAUUAACUUUAAUAGAUCAAUAUUUUUACAUCAUAGCACUGAGAAUGAGAUUUGUUGUGUUACACUAAUGAGAAUUUUGUAAGUGUACACUAAAAACAUUUUUUCUUUUGUCAAAUCAACUUAGAUAAUUAAUGUGGUUCAGAUAACAAUAUUUUGAGAAUAUUAUGUUGAUUAAACCAAUCACCUUCAUUGUAUUAACUCACAUUUUUAAUUUCAAUGAACUCAAAAUUAAGGCAACCAACUUACUUUUUUAAGUUAAACCAACAAUUCUUUUUAACAGUGUAGGUGUGCUGUAUGUGUUCUUAGUGCGUGUAUUUUAGUCCACGUACUCCAACAGUGUAGCUGAACUCAGCUAAUAGAGUGCAGUAAGGUUAUGACCCCACAACCCUCCAACUCUCUGCUAAGGAAACCCCCAUUAACCCGUCAUACUUCUCAAUUGCUCCUCAUGUGACGCCUUCCAUCUCCACCUACUUUAUAAUUGAUUCUUUUGCUUCUUCUUCCAGUUAGUGGUCUCUGUUCCUCCACUAAUAAGCUAGUAAAUGUACAGCUCUCAGGCUUCUUACUGCAAUUCAUCCAAGACCAGGAAUGAGGGAAUUAAUUAAAACUGGGUACUUUUUAAAAAUAUAUAUUUUUUAAUUUGUUAAAAUACUUUCUGAAGAAUAACAAAUAUGUUUUGGUGCUACUAAUAGAACAGAACUUACAUAUUGCACCUUUAAAGGCAACAUGAAUCAAUGUUAUUGGGUAAGAUUAAACAAUUUUAUCCAUCAGGACUCAGUGGGAAUGUGAACAUUUUCACUGUAUUACAGGAGGUUGGAGGGGAGGGGCUUAAAAAUAAGAGGGAUUGAUGAUGUCAUCCACAAUGGAAAAUCGUUUUUAAAUGCGGAGCAUGUUUUUACAUUUUUAUGAAAGAUUACAAACUUUUGGGGGGGGGUUAUGAAUAACAUACAAAGAUGAAUCUUGCAUAAUAACACCAGGAACAUGUAUUAAGAAAGUAAAUAAUGUGCAUUUUGAAUUCAUGUUGACUUUAAUGCUUCCUAUCAAGAUUGUAUUCUUGUGACUUCCAGGCAGUUUGCUCAUGUAUGUGUAUGUGUGGUCCUAGUUUCAUCAUGGGGACAAAAUGUCCCCACACAAAGAUGGAAAUAUCUGAAAUCUUUGUCCUUGUGGAGACAUUUUUUGGUGCCCACAAGGAGAACAGCUUAAAAAUUCUACUAGGUGAUGUUUUUUGAAAAUGUAAAAAUGCAGAACGUUUUCUGUGAUGGGUAGGUUUAGGAUUAGGAGAUAGAAUAUCCAGUUUGUAUGGUAUAAAAAAAUCAUGUCUAAGGAGAGUCCCCAUGAAACAUGAAAACCCAGUGUGUGUGUGUGUGUGCAUUAGUAUUAGACCCAGUAGGUGUGGGUGUGACUCUGACCUUUGCCUUCUUACAACCUGUCUUUGGUUUCAGUUCUGUUCAGCACUUUAGUUUUUAUCACACAGGUUAAUGGACAGUUUUCUUGUGCACAUGUUCCACUAUAACACAACAAAGCUCAGGUUACAGCUCACGCCGCAGUAGCCACGGAUAGUGUCGAAAACCUGUUUAAAGGAGCAGUUCACCUAGUAAUGAACAUUUUUUCGUCGUCUCUUCUCUCUCAUGUCGUUCCAAACGUGUUUCUUUCUGUGGAAAACAAAAGUGUAGUUCACAAAGCUUGAAACUAUCUUAAUUGUAUAAAAAAAGACAAGAAAGAAGGUAAUUUUUUCAAUUACUAUCCCUUUAAAUCUAGCUGUCUUUUAACUGUUCAUUCAGAAAUCUAAACCACUCUAACAAAUGUCAUGUGGCUUUUGUUUGUGCUCUAUAUAUUUUGGUACUUGUACGUGUGUGGGUUUUGCAUGGGAUUGUGUAUCACCAGUGCCUGUAACAUGACUCUUUUUUUUUUGUCUAUGAACUAUAUCUUGGCAAGAACAUGAAACACUUGGCCACAUUUUUCAGAGCUAAAUCUAAAAGAGCUCAAUAAGCUCUCACAAAAAGGAACGCCAAGCCCAUUGACCAAUGUACUCUCCUCCAAGUCUCUCAAAGUGAGUCCGCCUGGCGUCUCUCUCUGUCUCGCAUCCAUUCAAUUGUGGAAAACAUUCAGUAUAUCUACUCUGUUCCCUGAGCAAAAGUUUGGUACUUCCUCUCAAGAUUGUUAUGGAUUCUGUGGUUCGACAUGAUGUGCUUCUAGUAUUGUAGUUACUAACAGAGAAGACAUUUCCAGAACAGCAGCGUAAUAAUAUUUUUUUUUCUUAUUUUUUUUUUUUUUUCGGUGCUGGCUGCUUAUCUACUAUUUUAUAUCACAUUGUAACUGUAUACAUAAGAUGUUUUCGAUGGGAAGUGCCUGUGAAGAGGGAUGUUUUUGUAUGUUAAAAGUUUAAUGUGUCGACAAAUGCACAUAUUUUUAAAAUGAAAUCAUUAUUAUCUUUUGACUUUCUCUGAUCAUACAGCAUUUGUUUUAAUCUUUAAAAGAAAGCUAAAAGUAAUCUGCACAUUUUAAUGUAUUUGUAUGACAUUUUGUUGUCCACUUCAUAGGUACUAUGGUGUUCGAUUCCUGUAUGCACAGUGAAAAUGGUUUUUACACAAAGUUUUUACCUGAUGUGUCAAAAUGUACACAAAGCUUCUCUGUACAUAUCAAAUCUAUAUUCAAUAAAAAAGUUUCUUCAUUUUGUUUACA